AAGGGAAAAUUACUUAGAAGAAGAAUAAAAAAAUGGGGUCUCUAGGAGAACAGCCACAAGUAGCAGAAGACUGCAUGGGCUUGCUUCAACUCCUCAGCGACGGCACCGUUGUAAGAUCCAAAAGCAUUGACCUUAUCACCCAACAAAUCCCACUCGCUAACCACAAAAGUAACGUUCUCUUCAAAGACUCAAUCUAUCACAAACAAAACAACCUUCACCUCCGUCUCUACAAACCCGCUUCCGCCUCUAACCGUUCCGCCACCGCUCUCCUCCCCGUCGUGGUCUUCUUCCACGGCGGUGGUUUUUGCUUUGGCUCACGCACUUGGCCUCACUUUCACAACUUCUGUCUUACUCUUGCAUCGUCCCUCCACGCCCUUGUGGUUUCACCUGACUACCGGUUAGCACCAGAACACCGCCUCCCGGCCGCCUUUGAGGAUGCGGAGGCAGCGCUUACGUGGCUCCGGGACCAGGCUGUUUCCGGUGAAGGGGACCACUGGUUUGAAGGUGGACCGGGCGUUGACUUUGACCGGGUUUAUGUCCUUGGUGAUUCCUCCGGUGGGAACAUAGCUCAUCACCUUGCUUUCCGGUUCGGUUCAGGUUCAACCGAAUUGAGUCCGGUUAGGGUUCGCGGUUACGUUCUUUUGGGACCGUUUUUUGGCGGGGUAGAGAGGACCAAGUCCGAGGAUGGCCCGUCGGAAGCUUUGCUCAGCUUGGAUUUGCUUGACAAGUUUUGGAGACUUUCACUACCAGAAGGUGCAACAAGGGAUCAUCCCAUGGCUAACCCUUUUGGGCCGACAAGUCCUGCACUCGAAUCAGCUAGCAUACAGCCAAUGUUGGUGAUCGCUGGUGGCUCAGAGCUCCUAAGAGAUAGGGCCAAAGAGUAUGCAUAUAAAUUGAAGAAGAUGGAAGGGAAAAAAGUAGAUUACAUUGAAUUUGAAAACGAGGAACAUGGUUUUUUCAGCAGCAAUCCAUCUUCUGAUGCUACGAAACAGCUUUUUCGUAUCAUUGGAAACUUUACGGAUAACUUGAAUUUCUAGUAUAUUUUAGCAUUUUACUUGUUUAGGUCACUGAGAGCUUACAUCAAUUUUGGAUUCCAUCUCAAUAAGUUUCAUUGGUGAAUAAGUUUCAUUGGUGAAUCAUAUAUAAUAUAUAUAUAUAUACACGCAUGUUUUUGGUUUCAUAA